GGCAGGCCGGCGCUCGCUGGCUCCCUCCUCGCUGGCUCUUGCUCGCGAGCCUCUCGCCGCCUGUGGGGAAGUCGGGGCCGCCAAAGCCGCGUCCAUCGCCGCCUCUUCCCCGCCCUCCUCCCUCCCGGCUCGGCUGCCGGCCCCUCGCGCCCUCCAGUCGUGAGUAACCCGCAUAAGGGCGCGGAGAGUCCCCGCGGCGGCGGCGGCGGCGGCGGUGACGGCGGCGGCGGCCGGCCAAACCAUGUUUCGGAGGAUCUUGCAGAGGACUCCUGGGCGAGUUGGCUCUCAAGGUUCUGAUUUAGAUUCGUCAGCAACUCCUAUAAAUACGGUGGAUGUCAAUAAUGAAAGUUCUUCAGAGGGUUUCAUAUGUCCCCAGUGUAUGAAAUCUCUUGGCUCUGCUGAUGAGCUUUUCAAGCACUAUCAGGCCGUUCAUGAUGCUGGUAAUGACUCCGGUCAUGGUGGAGAGGCCAGUCUUGCUUUGACACGAGAUGACAUAACACUACUCAGACAAGAGGUCCAAGACCUACAGGCCUCACUUAAGGAAGAAAAAUGGUACUCAGAAGAAUUAAAGAAAGAAUUAGAAAAAUAUCAAGGGCUACAGCAGCAAGAAAGCCCUUGGACUGGCAGACUGCAGUGAAAUGACGCCAGCCAUCUAAUGACAGCUUACAGAUCUGAAAGGAGGAGAACCAUCAGAUUCUGAUCUUAACCCAGAUCCUCUUACUUAACUUGACAGACAUGGCAAUUGUAUAGAGUUUUCUUCUCUUUUUACCACAUUUAUUUAUGUGUUCUGUUUUAAUUAAGGAGGCUAAAUCUGAUGGAUUGGUGACUGAUUCGUCAGCAGAGCUACAGGCUUUAGAGCAACAAUUAGAAGAAGCACAAACAGAGAAUUUUAAUAUUAAGCAAAUGAAAGAUCUGUUUGAACAGAAAGCAGCCCAACUUGCUACUGAAAUUGCAGAUAUAAAGUCAAAAUAUGAUGAAGAAAAGAGUCUCCGAGCAGCUGCUGAACAAAAAGUGACACAUUUGUCAGAAGAAUUAAACAAACAGACAACUGUAAUUCAAGAUCUGAAAACUGAGCUGCUUCAGAGACCUGGUAUAGAAGAUGUUGCUGUACUAAAGAAAGAACUGGUCCAAGUUCAAACACUAAUGGAUAACAUGACUUUGGAACGUGAGAGAGAAUCUGAAAAACUUAAAGAUGAAUGCAAAAAGUUACAAUCAGAGCAUGCUCAUUUGGAGGCUACAAUAAACCAGCUAAGGAGUGAACUUGCCAAAGGCCCCCAAGAAGUUGCAGUAUAUGUGCAGGAAAUACAAAAACUUAAAGGUUCAAUUAAUGAAUUAACACAAAAAAACCAGAACUUGACUGAAAAAUUGCAGAAGAAAGACCUAGACUACACCCACUUAGAGGAGAAGCACAGUGAAGAGUCAGCAAGUAGAAAGACUCUCCAGGCAGCCCUCCACCAGCGGGACCUGGAUUGCCAGCAGCUUCAGGCAAGACUAACUGCAUCUGAAAUCUCGCUACAGAGGGCCCAGGGAGAACUCAGUGAAAAGGCAGAGGCUGUUCAGAAGCUCAAAGAAGAACUGCGGGAAGUAGAGAGCAAGCACCAGCAUCUCAAAGUGGAGUUGAAGCAGCUGCAGCAGCAGCGGGAAGAGAAGGAGCAGCAUGGGCUACAGCUGCAGGGGGAAGUCAGUCAGUUACACAGCAAACUUCUGGAGACCGAGCGUCAACUAGGGGAAGCUCACGGCAGGCUGAAGGAACAGAGGCAGCUUUCCAGUGAGAAGCUGAUGGAUAAGGAGCAGCAGGUGGCUGACCUACAGCUCAAGCUCUCUCGUCUGGAGGAGCAGUUGAAGGAAAAGGUAACAAAUUCCACUGAAUUGCAACAUCAGUUAGAAAAAUCAAAGCAACAGCAUCAAGAACAGCAAGCUCUACAGCAAAGCACUACAGCCAAACUCCGAGAAGCUCAGAAUGAUUUGGAACAAGUGUUACGUCAGAUUGGAGAUAAGGACCAAAAGAUCCAGAACCUUGAAGCGUUGCUCCAGAAGGGUAAAGAAAGUGUUUGCCUACUGGAAAAGGAAAGGGAAGAUCUGUAUGCAAAAAUCCAGGCUGGUGAAGGAGAGACCGCUGUUCUUAACCAGUUGCAAGAGAAAAAUCAUGCACUGCAGUUGCAGCUAACUCAACUGACAGAGAAGCUGAAGAAUCAGUCGGAAAGCCAUAAACAAGCCGAGGAGAACUUGCAUGACCAGGUACAGGAACAGAAGGCACAUCUUCGAGCUGCACAAGACCGUGUUCUUUCUCUGGAAACCAGUGUCAGUGAACUAAGCAGUCAGUUAAAUGAAAGCAAGGAGAAGGUCUCGCAGCUUGACAUACAGAUUAAAGCCAAAACUGAAUUAUUACUAUCAGCAGAAGCAGCAAAAGCUGCUCAGAGAGCUGAUCUUCAGAAUCACUUGGACACAGCUCAAAAUGCGUUACAGGAUAAACAACAGGAGUUGAAUAAGGUCAGUGUGCAGCUGGAUCAGCUCUCUGCAAAGUUUCAGGAGAAGCAGCAGCAUUGCACUCAGCUGGAAAGCCACCUUAAGGAUCACAAGGAGAAGCACCUCUCUUUAGAACAAAAAGUUGAAGACUUAGAAGGCCACAUUAAGAAACUAGAAGCUGAUGCUCUUGAAGUUAAAGCCAGCAAGGAGCAGGCUUUGCAGAGUCUACAGCAGCAGAGGCAGCUGAGCACAGACCUGGAGUUGAGAAAUGCAGAGCUGAGUCGAGAGCUCCAGGAGCAGAAGGAAGUAGUAUCUUGUACAAAAUUGGAUCUACAGAAUAAAUCUGAAGUCCUUGAAAAUAUCAAACAAACCCUCACCAAGAAAGAAGAAGAAAAGGUUGUCUUGAAACAAGAAUUUGAAAAGUUAAGUCAAGAUUCAAAGACACAGCACAAGGAGCUGACGGACAGGAUGCAAGCUGCGGUCACAGAGCUGACAGCAGUGAAGGCACAGAAGGACGCACUCCUGGCCGAGCUUUCUACAACAAAAGAAAAACUGUCAAAAGUUUCUGAUUCUUUAAAAAACUCCAAAAGUGAAUUUGAGAAAGAAAAUCAGAGAGGAAAAGCUGCUAUGUUAGAUUUGGAAAAAGCUUGUAAAGAAUUAAAGCAUCAGCUUCAAGUCCAGGCAGAAAGUGCCCUGAAGGAGCAGGAUGAACUGAAAAAGUCACUAGAGAAAGAGAAAGAGACUUCUCAGCAGUUGAAGAUAGAACUCAAUUCAGUCAAGGGAGAAGUCUCACAGGCUCAAAAUACAUUAAAGCAGAAGGAGAAAGACGAACAACAGCUUCAGGGGACCAUAAAUCAGCUAAAGCAAUCAGCUGAACAAAAGAAAAAACAAAUUGAAGCGCUUCAAGGAGAGGCUAAAAAUGCUGUUUCACAAAAGACAGUGCUGGAGAAUAAGCUGCAGCAGCAGUCAUCACAGGCAGCCCAGGAGCUUGCAGUGGAGAAAGGAAAACUGUCAGCGCUGCAGAGCAACUACGAGAAGUGCCAGGCGGACCUGAAACAGCUGCAGUCCGACCUCUAUGGCAAAGAGUCUGAACUUCUAGCCACGAGGCAAGACCUUAAGUCUGUAGAAGAGAAACUCACUCUGGCACAAGAAGACUUGAUUUCAAACAGAAAUCAAAUUGGAAACCAAAAUAAAAAAAUUCAAGAAUUGCAAGCCGCCAAAGCUAGUUUGGAGCAGGACUCAGCAAAGAAAGAGGCGCUGCUAAAGGAGCAGAGUAAGGCACUUGAGGAUGCUCAGAGAGAAAAGUCAGUGAAGGAAAAAGAACUAGUAGCUGAAAAGUCUAAAUCGGCAGAGAUGGAGGAAAUUAAAUGUAGACAAGAAAAAGAAAUCACGAAGCUCAAUGAGGAGCUCAAGUCGCACAAACAAGAAAGCAUAAAGGAAGUAACAAAUCUCAAGGAUGCCAAACAACUUUUGAUUCAACAGAAAUUAGAACUUCAAGGCAAAGUGGACUCACUGAAGGCAGCUCUUGAGCAGGAGAAGGAGAGUCAGCAGCUGAUGCGCGAGCAAGUGAAGAAGGAGGAAGAGAAGCGGAAGGAAGAGUUUUCUGAGAAGGAAGCGAAGCUGCAUUCUGAAAUAAAAGAAAAGGAAGCAGGAAUGAAGAAACAUGAAGAAAAUGAGGCUAAGCUCACUAUGCAGGUCACAACAUUAAAUGAAAACUUGGGUACUGUGAAGAAGGAGUGGCAGUCUAGUCAACGGAGAGUGAGUGAGCUUGAGAAGCAGACGGAUGACUUACGGGGAGAAAUUGCUGUCUUAGAAGCAACUGUUCAGAAUAAUCAAGACGAAAGAAGAGCACUCCUAGAGAGGUGUCUUAAAGGCGAAGGUGAAAUAGAAAAGCUUCAGACCAAAGCCCUAGAGCUGCAGAGAAAGCUGGAUAACACAACUGCGGCCGUGCAGGAGCUGGGCAGGGAGAACCAGUCUCUCCAGAUCAAACUCACACAAGCACUGAACAGAAAGUGGGCGGAAGACAACGAAGUGCAGAACUGCAUGUCCUGUGGGAAGUGCUUCUCCGUCACCGUGCGGCGGCAUCACUGCCGACAGUGUGGGAAUAUCUUCUGUGCCGAGUGCUCAACCAAAAACGCCUUAACUCCUUCUUCAAAGAAGCCUGUUCGUGUCUGUGAUGCAUGCUUCAAUGAUUUGCAAGGAUAACGGGCUAUCACAGCUUCAGAGUAGUAUCACACUAAUGUUAGACUCGUAAUACAUUGAUCUGGACUCUGGUUGCAUACUAGGCCAAAUUGGAAUUCGUAUAUUUUGGAAUGUUACCAGUAUCAAGUAAAACUCUUCUAUUUUUGUGAGACUUGGGUUCAUCUUUAAUUACUUUUUCCAUUAAACCCCUAAAACAGCUUUCAUGCCAAGGUCAGAAUUAGCCAAUGAAAUGUAAAUAAUCUUUGGACAGAAAAUAGCAAUGUAUUUUUUUAAAUAUAAUUUAAUUAUUCACAAAUGAUGACUACAAUUCCUUAGCUUCUUCCUCUCAGAUUAAAUGUACAGAAUGUCUGGAUGGCUCCUAUCAUUUGUUGCGGUUUUGUUGCACAACAACACAGUGGUUCUAUUCUCUGGGUGGAGUCAUGCACAGGAAUGUAACACUUUCUGUUUUCUCCUGUAUAGGUCUGUAGCUCAAUUAUGUUGUUGUGUUAUUCAUAUUACUUGAGUGUUCUAAAUGCAGUGUAUGCUAAUGAUGUGUUAACCAUGAAUUUGUGUGUGGGUUUUGUUUGGGCAGUAUUGAUUAAAUUCUCAAGUAGAUUUGAUGAAGUCCUAUGUAAAAUUUAUGGUACUUCUGGGAUUGUAUUUAUGAAAUGAGUUCAUUUGUAUUUCUCUAUCUUAUUUCUGACACCCACACACUGUCCCCUAAAACAUUUGUAUGUAACUUCCCCUCCUGAGCUGGAGGGUGAGUAGUAGAGCCAUAUGGUGGCCUGGUCUUGGUUUUUGCUGGUGGAAAGUUUUCUGAAGUGAUCUCACAGCGCAGCCUCACUCCCUCAAUUUCAGCAUCUUUAGGAAGUUUGCUUUCCAGCCUUCAUAAAUGUAGCUCAGCCUCACUGCAGUUGUGCUUGCAGUAGGGCCUUUGUAAAGAUAGGAACUGACGCUGCUAAUGUCGCAUCUGUAUCUGUGAAGACUAAACCAAGUGGUAAGGAAAUAGUAACAUUCAAAAAAAAAAAAAAAAAA